AUGGCUGAGCACUUGAAUCAGCUCUGCUGCCUCAUUAUUGAAGACACCUACGGAAGCUUUCUUUCCCAUAUCUUUAAGCAAGUCGCAACGUACGGUCGACUACCAGCAGGUCAGAUCGCGCAGCGAUGCCACCUACUUCUACGGCAAGCUAAAGCUGGUUUGGCAACACUUAUCCAGUUGCGACUGGUGCAGCACCAUUCGGUUGAAGGAUUUUCGACCUAUCAGGCGAACCUCACGAAUGCCUACGAUUUGCUACGAACAGGCAAGCUCGCCCAGCUCGCCCACGCUCAGUAUGGGUCAAUCGCCGGGCUCGUUAUCGAAGUUCUCGCCGCGAAAGGAUUUGCUAGUGUGAAGGACCUCGAGGCAGCAGUUUUACAGGCGCUGGAGCAGUCCUCUGAUCGCGAAACACCGUAUCAAAACGGAAGCAAGGCCUCUGUCAAAGUUCAGGAUACCUUGAGACGACUUGCCAACGACCAAUUUAUGUCAAAGCUAAGCAUUGGACAUCUUCAGAUCCCACACGAUGCUCGACAGGAUGCCGAGGCUGGUCAUGAGCUGGUCACCGCCGGUGGACAACGCGGAGAGAAUUUGCGUGCAGACCGGCUGAGUAAGGUGCAGGAAGAGAUGGAAAGACGCCUCGAUACAUAUGUAUCUGCUGACAUGAUCGAGGCGGCUCUCGACGUUCCGAAUGGUGAGGCGGUUGGUGCUACGCCACAACAGGAACUCUAUCUAUGCUUGAAUUACGUCCGAGUCAUAAAAGAUGUACGCAAUGCGACCGUGACUCAGCAUGUCAAUAAGACUUUGGGCCGGACAUCGGCUCGGUUGACAACAGCUGUCUUAAAACAAAUCGAACUGCAAUCCCCGCCUUUCGAACGCUCGCCUAAUGUCCGCACAGAAGAGCAGCUCGUCGUCCUAAGUCGCCUUCUCGAUGACACCCGGAGGAUGCCGCUGCAAAAUGGCACGCAUGGGACCAAUGGACAUCAUGAUGAGGACACAGCGAUGACCAACGGCGCCAAUGAAGACGAAUACUUGGAUCAAGAAGACUUGGAGAGUGGACUUGACCUUGUUUCCAGUGGGCCAUACCCUUUUAUUCGGCGUGACGAGAACACGGCCUGGUGGUACAUUGACCGAUAUCAGGUCGCAAUAUGGUUGCGCGAUCGUGAGAUUCUAAACUUGAUCAGUGCUCGGAUCGGACCGACUGGAAUGCGAUUGGUGCGAAUGCUCAUCGACAAGGGCAAAUUAGACGAAAAACUGCUGCAAGAGAUGGGCCUCCUGUCCGCAAAGGAAAUGAGACAAGCACUUGCGGAGUUGCAGACCAUGGGCCUCACAGAACUUCAAGAGGUCCCUCGGGAGCCACAACGACAGCCGAACAGGACCAUCUUUCUGUGGUUCUACGAUGCACUGCGAGCAAGAGACUUGCUUCUUGGUCAAUUGUACAAGUCGAUGGCGAGAUGCUACCAGAGACUUCAGGUGGUCGAGCGAGAGAGGAUGCGGGCUACAUUGGAUAAGAUCGAGCGAGAUGAUGUGAAGGAUCGGAUCGAAGAAGUGGUGGUCGGCGCAGAGAAGGUUGCUCUUGAGCAGUUCCAGGCAAAGGAAAGAUGGCUCAUGGGAGAGAUUGCAAGGCUAGAUGAGUCUGUGGCACUCCUCCGAGAUAUGUAA